GAGCAGUCAAGUUCUGACAACGUCGCAUCCAUACUCAGACAACUUCCAACACUACAACUGUUACAAUGUCUCUUACUCGCUUCUUCACCGAGCCGUCUUACUCUCUCUCGGACUUCGAUCGUCUGUUCGACGAUGCAUUCGCUCGUCGUACUGACCUAAGCCAAAUUGCCCCGUUCCGCGGGACGACUGCGCUAUCCCCAGUGGUGCCAAAGAUGGACCUCCACGAGGACGCGAAGACCAAUGUCGUGACGGCAACCUUUGAGCUUCCCGGCCUCAAAAAGGAGGACGUCAACAUCGACGUCACCCAGAACACGCUGACCAUCUCUGGAGAGUCAAAGAUCUCCAGCGACCGCGAUGAGAACGGUUAUUCGAUUCGUGAGCGCCGCUAUGGCAGGUUCUCUCGUUCGCUUUCUCUGCCGCAAGGCGUGAAGGAUAAGGACAUCAAAGCGAACAUGGAGAGUGGUGUUCUGACCGUGAAGUUCCCGAGAUCUACCCCGGAGCAGGCUGCGAAAAAAAUUCCCAUUGCUUGAAGCGGUCGCGCGAUUGCUUAAGCAGAGGACGGACGGUGUACCGUUGUAGCUGGUGUACUUAUAGCAUGUAUAACGUGUACAAAUUGCAAUCUGUGCUUUCGAUGCUGUG